AUGCGUUGCCUUUUGCUUGGUAUGAUCCUAACUCUCCACACUCUCCACACCCUCGUCAGUACACAAGAUGAUGGUUUCUCCACAGAGGCGUUUCAGACAUCUGAUGAUGGAGAAAACCCAAGAAUCACCACCACGAAUAAACACAGAUCGUGUGAAAAACACAACACCUCUGCUGACAUGACUAUUCCACAUGGACCCGAAAUCAUCACUAGGAAUACAAAUUCGUCUACACCGUGGUGCAACUGCACUCACAGUGAUGACAAUGUUGAAUGUUCUAAUGCCUCAUCAGCAUCACCUGAAAUCUCCACAGCAGACACGGUCAUCAGAUACUUGGCUUACACCACGAUGCCUGUGUUCUUGGUCUUCAGUCUGACGGGCAACUGCCUGACAAUCAUCGUAAUGAUCAGUAAAAGCUUCUGGAACUCUCCCUGCAGCAUCUUCCUAAUUGCCCUGGCUAUCUCUGACUCCACGUACAGCAUCGUAUUCCCUUUCAGCAAAGUCUUCGUCAGAGAACUGAUUGGGUAUGACAUACGAGCCCUGUCUUGGGUCGGCUGUCACAUUUUCUUCAUCGUGCACAGAGGAUCCAAAAUUGCGUCGUCCUGGUUCAUUGUUGUUAUAUGCGCAGAACGCUUUAUUGCUGUGUGGUUUCCCUUGAAAGCAGGGAUAAUAUGUUCCAAAAGAAACACAGUGAUCGUCGCCCUCGUCGUCUCUGGUGCAGUCUUUACCUUCACUGGGUUCUGGACCUUCUCGACAGUAAUAAUCAAGGGUAUCUGUGUUGUUAACUAUGCUACCCCUAACACCGCUGUCCUCACCCGUGUUUACGUGAUAGCAGGGUCAUCUGUGUACUCUGUGAUUCCAGCUGCUAUUCUACUCGCCCUGACUCCAGCUAUUUGUUACAAGCUCAUAAUCCAGAUGAAAAUGCGAAGGCAGCUACUAAACAGGAGCGCUGAAGACAACACAUCUUCGGAGAUGGCUCGCACGAACACCAUGUUAUUGGGUGUCACCAUUGCCUACAUCGUCCUUGUCACCCCAACGACCAUCGCCCAUAAUGUCUCUUUCUCUCUGAACGUAAAUUUUUUUGAAACUGACCAUCUUGCCAUGACCAUCACAAGAGCUGUGGUACAGGUGAUGGAACAGCUGAACUUCUCCAUCAACUUCUGGAUGUAUGUGAUGUGUAAUCGGUCGUUCCGAAAGAGAGUGAUGGAGGUCCUCAAGUGUCGGAGACUGAAGAGGCCACGAAGCAGCAACAGCACCCGGUCAUGUGUUACAGUCGACACGUGCAGCAACACCUCAAGAUUUUAA